AUGGUGGCCGGGCGGCACCAGCGGUCCGAGCCGCCUCGCAUCGACACUGUCUCCCUGGCGCUACGCCGCCACCUGCAGGCUGUGGACGGCUCUGUUGCAGCAGCAGAAGCGGCAACAGCAACAGUGCGGGUACUGCGUCGCCGCCGCAACCUUGAACCGCAGGCCCCGCCACCGUGGCGCACUCCGAAACGGGAGGCUGCGCAGCGCAAGCAGGAGAACAAGAAGCCGCGAGGUUCGCGGCAGGUGUGUGGCAGGUGUCGCCUCAACAUGGCGGAAUGGCCCUACUGUGGACUCUCGGGGGACCCGCACGCUCUGGAAGAGGCGGAAACAACAGCGACAGCGCAGUAG